AUGACAAUAAAAAGUGAUAUACCUAGAAAUAUUGUACUUGUAUACUCAUACAAAAUAUCAUCACUUUUAUAUAGUUCAACUAGUAAUAUACUUUUAUUGGAUACAUACCUAAAUAAAAUAAGUAGCGAAAUACCCUUUAUUGGUUUUAUUUGUAUAUCUUCAGCAUUGGGAAUCUUCACUGGAACUUUAUUUGCAGUAAUAAUUAAUGAUACAGAUUUAGAUUCAAAAUGUUUAAAUUUAAUAUUAAAAUUAUGUGGUUGUUUUUUAUUGUUAGCUACUAUAUUAUUAUACUUUUCAAUAGAUCUAAAUAGUGUUAUACUAUUAUGUGUGGCAUCUUUCUUAUCUAAAUGUGUUGGGGAAUUGAUUGAUAUAAUAAUUGAGUCUAUAUUUACCAAUUGUAUUAAUCAGGGUGAUAGGAGUUUAUAUUUUAUAAGAAUAAAAAUUUUAAGUGAUUUAACUUCAAUUUUUGGUCCUUUUAUAUCGCUAAUUUUAUUUUUAAUAUAUGGUGAUAGUUGGGAAAUAAGACCACUAAAAAAUAUAUUAAAAACAAACUUAAUUUUAUCAAUACCACAAUCAUUAAUUUUAAUUUUUUGGGAUUUAUUAGAUGAUAAGAAUUGGAGAUAUAAAUUUAUUUUAAAUUAUAAUAAAAAAUCAGAAUUUAAACCAAAUAUUAAAUUGGGAUUUUUAAAUAGUUCAAAUGUACCCCAUUUAAUACUUAUUUCACAAUUUAUAACUACAAGUGGUGCUGGUAUAUCAAUGAAGACAUUUUCUUUAUUCCUUAAUAGUGUAUUUAAAUUAACUCCUAUUAAUAUUUGCUUAUUAAAUAUUGUUGGUAGCUUAACAUCGUUAAUUUUUUCUAUAAUAAUACAUAAAUUAUGUAAAUAUAGUGGCAGAGCAACUAUUUCAUUGAUUUUUUGUUUUUUUACUUCAUUUAUAUUGCUAAUAAUGAGUGAAGUAGAAUCUACAAGCUUUCUUGUAGGCCUUUAUAUUCUUAGAGCUGGAUUUCAAAAUGCAUGUAUACCUAUAGAUCAUUCUAUUAUAAUGGACUUUACCCCAUCAGAUAAAGUUUUCCAGUGGAGAACUUUAUACUCUUUUUUAAAAUUUGUUUGGCUAUGUAUUACAAUAUUUACUGGAAGUACAAAAGAUACAAAUUUGGAGAGUUACAAGCAGAUAUUUGUUAAAUGUGCCUUUCUAUAUUUUUUAGCAAAUUUAAUAUAUGCUCCAUCAAUAUUUUUAGUUCCUUCCGUAGAAUCUUUUGAAGAAUUUCGAAGUAACUUUAAAAUUACAAAAACUUUAAAAGUAAAAAAUUUAUUAUCUGAAGAAAAUUUUAAUUUGGAUGAAUUAGAAAUAAUCACUAACUUUGAUAAUGAGCAAUACAGUGAAUAUCAAUUAGAAGAUGGAAAAAUUGAAGAUUCUCAAUAUAAAAAUAUUAUUAAUAAAGAUGAAGAGGCUUUAAAUGAUAUUAGUAAAAGUUAUUAUGAAGUUAAAUUAGAUAAUUGUUUAAAUAAUGAUUUAAAUUGGUAUUAUAUAAGUAAUAUAGAAACUGAUGAUACACCAACAAAUUCGAAUAUAUCAAUGGAAUUAUCACGUAGAAAAUUAAAUACUUUACAAACACUUAUUAAUGAAGACGAUCAUAAAGGUUAG